AUUUAAGGGCAAAAAGCUCUCUCUGCCCUGUUUUUUGCGAACUAUUAUCGAACUCUGAAAAUGUCUGGACGUGGUAAAGGAGGAAAAGUGAAGGGAAAGAGCAAGACCCGUUCAUCCCGUGCUGGACUUCAGUUCCCUGUCGGUCGUAUCCACCGUCUUCUCCGUAAGGGAAACUAUGCCCAACGUGUUGGUGCCGGAGCCCCAGUCUACUUGGCUGCUGUGAUGGAAUAUUUGGCUGCCGAAGUGUUGGAAUUGGCAGGAAAUGCUGCCAGAGACAACAAGAAAUCCAGAAUCAUUCCCCGUCAUUUGCAGUUGGCCAUCCGUAACGACGAGGAGUUGAACAAACUCUUGUCCGGAGUGACCAUCGCCCAGGGUGGUGUCCUUCCCAACAUCCAGGCUGUUCUUCUCCCCAAGAAGACCCAGAAGGCUUCCAAGUAAGCGCUUUCGCUCAUGGCGUUUGCCUUCGU